GGCGUCAGCUGCGGGCCGCCGGAGUGCCCGACGGGGGCUACAUGCUUUGCCCAGGGAAGCCGGGAGAACGAUGGGCGCGAGCUUUGGGGACGCGAGGGAGGGAGCGAGCGAGCCUGCCGGCUAGGCGACCAGUCCGGGCCCAGCCAGCCGGCUCAGUCAGUCAACGCGGCGGCGGGGGCAAGGCUGGGUCCCGCUGGGACCAUUUUAACUGCGGAUCCGCCGCCGGCGCGCGCACCCGCGACUCUGCUCGGAGCCGCAGGAGCGCGCGGCCCGUUCCGGCAGGGGGCGGAGCCAGUUGCGGUGCCGCGCUCGUGUCAGGGACGCCGGCGCCCGGCUGCUCACCCGGGACGGCCGCCACACCGGCACUACGGGAAGAAGCCGGCCGGCUAGGGCACGGAGCUGUGGGCUUGCGGGGUGCGGCGCACGCCCCUCCCUCCCGCCGCCUAAGGUUUUUCCGAAGCUGCUGGGCGUGCGCCGCGUUUCUGAGGCGGGAGGAGACACUUCCGAGCCAGCUGUGUGACAUCCGUUUACACAGCCGCGCUGACGUCUCGAGGUAUAAAGCUUGGUUACCUGCUGAAGGAUGGAAGAGAAGUGGCAGGUGUUUAAAAAAAAUCUGCUAAGGAUAACUUGAGAGAGCUGACUGAGGAAGCAGUAUUGCAAUAUUCAAGGCCCAGUGGCUUGGAGAAGACCACUGUUGGAACCUACAUUGCUAUUCCCACUAUAGUGGCCAGCCCCACCCAGCCUGCCCUCAAACAUGCUAUCAAACAAUUGUUAAUUCUGGCCUGUUUGUCAGAAAUGACCAAUCUUAAGUCUGUCACAUUCAGGGAUCCUUUCAGAGCCUUAUGACAGUGAUGUGGAAUUCCAGAAGCAAAUAUUUGUCAAAAGAUUUCACAGACAUACACGUUAUUCACUAUCAAAUGCAUUGCCUGAACUACAUUUACGUAUACAUAUAAUCCACAUAACUUUCAUCCAUUUGCCUGUAGGGGAAUCUUCCAGGGUCCCAGACCAGUGCUUGAGGGCUUAUUACAGAUCCUUUGACAUCUCUACUAGGCUGCACUUUCACAAAAGGCAAGAGUAUUAUAACGUGUUUUGUAACUUUAUGUCAAGAAUAUGAACCUGUCAGAGCCAGAUGUGGUGGUACCUAUCACUCAAACUACAACAGGGCUGGUGAGGCGUGAGGAUCGCUUGAGCCCAGUUUGUUAUGUUUAUGCAUGUGAAUAGCCACUGUACUCCAUCUUGAGCAGCGUAGCGAAACACAGUCUCUUAAAAAAAAUGCGACCUAUCCAUUUCAUAUAAGUUAAGUACACGUCUGCCCUAUGAGCCAGCAAUCCCACAUCUAGGUAUUUAUCCAGAGAAGUAAAAGCAUAUAUCAAUAAAAAGACUUGUACAAAAAUGUCUGUAACAACUUUAUUCAUGGUCACCAAAAACUAUAAACUGCCCAGAUGUCCAUCAGUGGGAGAAUGGAUUAAUAAACUGAUAUAUUCAUCUAAUUAAAUACUACUCAGCAACACAAGAAAAAAAGCAUGGAUGAAUCUCAAAAACUUAGGAUGUUUUAUGCUUUCUUGAUACAGGGCCCUCGAAUCUCUACCUGAUAACAGGCUGCCUAUGUGAUUCCUGUACAGACAGCCUGGCACCAUGCAAAUGUAUCAGAACUACACAUACUAUCCAACUUCAACUUCUUGUUUUUAGAGAUGAAGCAACUGACUUUGGCAGUUCUGAAGUCGUUGCUAAAAUUUACAAUAUUUGUUUUCUUACUCCCAGUUCCUAAACCAACCACAAGCAAAUUGUCUUUGGUCUACCUAUUGGACUCUGUGCUGACAAAAGAUACUUGUUUUUUAUAGUUGAGAUAUUUUGCAUGUCUGUUCUCAUCACCCACCAUCAUCACACCACUAGUUCUCCCCAGAAAAAAUUUCAGAUUCUGAGACUUAGGAUUAUCUCUAACCCUUCUUUUUAUUUCUUUACCACAGCAAAUAGCAGAGAGAGUCUUGUAUAUUUCAUCAAUGAUUAAAUAAGCUACUACUAUUAUCAGGAGAGCUGUAAUGAGUUUUGGAACUCGGUACCCUAAAUAAUAAUACUAAUGUUGUAAACUUUAAAGAUACAGAAUUAUGAAUAAGUGUCAUAAAUUAGAAUUAUAGAGACAGUUGUAGCAGCUGAUGGCUUCGCUACUUGGCGGGCAGAGAGGGCGGAGUUGCAGUGGGAACCAACCCCGGACAGCCAGAAGCUGGACUGGCACUAUUAGCUAGGCAUUUGUGGUACUGGCAGCUGUCCUGGCAUUCUCAGUUCUCAUUGUUUUGUCAAAUAUAAACAGUCUCACAAAACAUCAACAUCAGUUAUAGUCACUUUAUGACUACAAUAGGCAAGACAAAAAUAAGACCCCUCUGUAAUCAUGUCUGAACAUAGCAAAUACAAGAACAGUCUCUAAACCACAAAAAUGACCAAACAUUCUGGUUAAUAUAAAUGACCACUGUUUCUUGGCCAAUUACAACCUUAGCCUUGAUCCAUUCUUCUUGCCUUCUAGAUAGCAAAUAUUAAAAUAUUCAGUUAUAGGAUCACCUGUUUCCUGCCAGCAUCCAAUCCAGAGCAAAACCUUGACACUUCCCCAAAAUCACCUAACACACGCUCAUUGCUGUAAUGUUUUUCACAAUACCAAUACCCUCUUACCGAGAGUGCUCCCGCCCAACUUCGUUCCUCGUUGCUGUCUGCCUCCCUGCAACAAGUCAUUAAACCCACCCUGGUUUGAAUCUAGUUGUUUUCCUGCUGCUCUUUAGCUAGAGGGCAUUAGCAUUUGUUAUUAUCAAAUGUCACCAGCCUAUCUAAAGUUAAUCCCUCCUUUGCCUUUUCCUCUUACCGUUUUUAUUUUCUUUAUAGCUCAUUAUCACAUUUUUAAAAAUUUUUGGUUUGUUCAAUUAGAACACAGGCUCCAUGAGGACAGGGAUUUUGUUCAGUUUUUGGGAAGAUAAUCAGGCUACUGUGUAGAAGACGGACUAGAGGACAAGCAACCUCUUAGAAGGAAGGCCAGUUAAAGUUGUUCAAAGGGUCCAUAGAGAAGCCUUAAAAGUAUGAAUUUAGGGCCGGGUGUGAUGGCUCACUCCUUUGAUCCCAGCACUUUGGGAAGUCAAAGCGGGCAGAUCACCUGAGGUCAGGAGCUCAAGACCAGCCUGACCAACAUGGUGAAAUCUCACACUACUAAAAAUACAAAAAUUAGUUGGGCACGGUGGCGCAUGUCUGUAAUCCCAGCUACUCAGGAGGCUGAGGAAGGAGAAUCACUUGAACCCGGGAGGCAGGGGUUGCAGUGAGCUGAAAUUGUGCCAUUGCACUCCAGCCUGGGCAACAAGUGCAAAACUCCAUCUCAAAAAACAAAAAACAAAACAAAACAAAAGAAUGUAGGCAUUCUGGGAAUAAUGAAGUAAGGUUGUUAUUGAGAAACAUUUCUGAUGUGGAGUUAUCAGGAUUUAAUUCUGAAUUGGAUAGAGGGAAGGGAAUGAUGAAUAUAGGGAGAAAAUGAACCCCCAAAUUGCUUGUUCUUAUGAUUUAUUUCAAUGAAUAACUUACGGUGAAAUAAUGGAUUCUAUAAUGUAAAAUAGUUACAUAUUUGAAUAAUAUCCCAACCUGAGGUAGAUUUGAGUUAUGGCAUACUGAGAUUCACACGGAAAACCAGUAUAUAAAUUUAAAAUGUGGCAAGACAGAUAAAAAGAAAAAUUUUUCUUUCUUCUUUGCUAACUUAGGUUAUACUCAAUUUGAAAUUCACAUUUGCCUAUAAAAAGCCAGCCUUGUGUAAAAGGUUUUCAUGCUGCUUGAAGUUGGGUAAUGGUGGUUCUGGUAAAUGGCUAAAACAUCCUAUAGCACCAGUGACGCACAAGGAGAACAAAGUUCACAUGCCAUUGAUCCCAGUAAUUGUGGUAUAUGUGAUGGAUGGCCUAGAAAGACAUUGUCUUAUGCUUCUGGAAAUCAUGAAACACCCAGGUGUUCAGUAAAUUUAAUUCCAUACUAUAUUGUGUUUUUGCUGAAAUACUCAAGGCCAAAGAUGAUAGUGAAAAACAAGUUUCCAGAGAAUUCCCUUCAGGAGGACAAUCUGCACUCCUGAGUAAUUGGUUUCAGACAUGAUAUGAAAGUUCAGCUGCUGCCUGGCCUGUUCUUUCCUGACCUCUUCUCUUGACUGAUUCAUUCUGAGUUUCCAGAUGAUAUCAGCCCUAAUAUCACCUCCUGUCAUGAGAGUUCUUCCCCAGUCACUGUUACACUCCCCUGUUCAUUUCCUUCACAGCAGUUACCACAGUCUGCAGUUGUGGUAUUUCUGUGUUAGUUGACUAUCAUUCCCAUCAGAAUUAAUUCCUACUUUGUUUCCUCUCAAAUUGCCAGCACCUAAAUUUGUUAAUCAACUGAAUUUUAAAGGCAGAUUUUCAGAGGCUGAGACAGGAGGAACACUUAAGUCCAGAAGUUCGAUACCAGCUUGGACAACAUAGGGAGACCUUAUCUUUACAAAAAAUUUAAAAAUUAGCCAGACAUAUUAGCUCACACCUGUAGUCCCAGCUAAUCUGGAGGCUGAGGUGGAAGGGUUGCUUGAGCCCGGGAGGUCAAGGCCACAGUGAGCCAUGAUCUUGCACCACUGCACUCCAGAACCUGGGCGACAGAGUGAGAGACACCCUGUCUCAAAAAGAACCAAAUAAAUAAGUAAAGGCAGAUUAUCCUAGGUGGGCCUGACAUAAUCAAGUGAACUCUUAAAAAGAGGGUCAAGGAACGGCUGGGCACGGUGACUCACACCUGUAAUCCUAGCAUUUUGGGCGGCCGAGGCGGGUGGAUUGCCUGAGCUCAGGAGUUCGAGACCAGCCUGGGCAAGACGGUGAAACCCUAUCUCUACUAAAAUACAAAAAAAAACAGUAGCCUGUAGUCCCAGCUACUCAGGAGGCUGAGGCGGGAGAAUUGCUUGAACCCAGGAGGUGGAGGUUGCAGUGAGCUGAGAUCGUGCCACUGCACUCCAGCCUGGUGACAGAGUGAGACUCCAUCUCAAAAAAAAAAAAAAAAAAGAGAAGGUCAGGGAGAAGUCAGGGAGAUCGAAAGCAACAGCAGAUGCUUUUCUUUUAGCCGCGAAAAAGUAAAGUUUCAUAUUGUAGUGAGGCCUAUAUGGCAGAAAAUGGCAAGUGGCCUCUAAGAACUGAGAGUAGCCCCUAGCUAAUGGUCAGCAAGAAAGCAGGCCUUCCUUCCUACAGAAUUCUUAAUUCUGCCAACAACCACAUGAGUUUGGAAGAAUACCCAGAACUACAGAAGGGAGCACAGCUUGGCUGACACCUUGAUUUCAGCCUGGUGAGAACCUGAGCAGAGAACCCAGCUGAGCCCAUGCCAGGACUUCUGACUUACAGAACUACGAGAUA